AUGCCUGUGUGGCAGCGGUCUAAGCCGCAGCGUCCUGCAGUCUCCCUCGACUCCGCCAGCGAAUCCCGGUCUUCUUCUUCUUCUUCUACAUGUUCUUCUCACUCCUCCACCCGGUCUUCUUCUCCCGUGCAGUCUCCUUCCAUCGCCUCGCGGUCGGCGGGGUCUGCCAGCCAACUGCCCCCACGGGCAAAGCGAUCCUCAAGUCUCUCCGUGUUCCCUCACAUGGGUGGGGGCGUGUUGAUGCACACAGGAAUGCUGCGAACCGUUCAACAAGGUGGGAGAAUGAAUCACGGUGCAAUGUCAGUAAACGGAUUUGCACGGACAUUAUCUACUGGUGGAUUUGCAUCAUCAUCAUUACACGCGGAUGAUGGUGCUCACACUACAGUCUCACGGGGAAGUAAUUCUUUAAUGAAAAUGUCAAUAGGAAAUACAAUUGGAGAAACGAUGCGUAUAUUAGUUAUUGGUGCCCCACAGGUAGGAAAGUCUUCUCUAGUAAACAGUUAUAGGGCAGCUGUUACUAGUAAUACAAAGUGGCCAGCGGCUCCAGUUGGUAUUUGUGGAUUUUGUGGAACUACUACGGUGGAUCCAUUCCCUAAUCACCCGACUGAACCGACAUGGCUUUGCAUAGACACUCCAGGGAAAUUAUACGACGCUAAAGACCAAGUUCUACUUGAACGACUAUUCGCCGGAAUGCCUUGGAAAACACGACUUGCAGGAAAAGACGCAUUACAAUUAGAACAAAUUGAACGUUUACCCAUUGUGAAUGAGAAUAAAGCACAUCAGUGUAUUAUUGUUGUUCCUGCUACAGAUUUGAUUGAAGAUAAUGGAUGGAUGAGUGUUUUUCAGUUAAAAUCUCGCUACAGUCCCGCUCCAGAUGCUGAAGGUGUGGUCAUGUAUUUGAGAAAUCUUGUUUGUACAAUUCGUCCGUUUUUAUAUGAUGCUUCACCAUUUGUUGUAGUUACAAAGAUGGAUCUUGUUGGUGGUGCUGGAAAUAGUUUAUCCAGAAACCUUAUCUCAUCUUUGUUAACUCAGUGUAUCCCCAUAAACCGAUUGUAUUUUUCUGCUUCUCCAGAUGAUCAUUCUACAUACGGAACUAAAUGUCGACUCGUUGUAGAUCGCGAUACACGAGAAAGCUUGCUUCGGUUACACGAAGAUAUAUCAAUGACCUUCCGAUGGCGGAAAUCUAUUGAGGGAUCUGCCUAA